AUGAGAAAUCCUAAAAAAGUAAAAGUCAUAUUAUUUGGCCUGAAAAAAUUUGAUGAAUAUAACUAUUUUAGUGAUACAUAGGCCUUUAUUGAGAGAGUAAAGCCACCAGAUUUUCCUUUAAAUUAAAUAGGAUAGAGUUAAGGGAUUCUUCUAUCAAGAUUAGAAAAUUAUGUUCAAAUAAAAACAAACUAUUUAAAUAAAGGGAUAGAAGGAAAAUUUAUGUUUUGUAAGAGAAUUCAAUUAUAUUAAUAUAGCUUUUUAUAAUCAUAAUACCAAAACAUUUUAUGACAUGAAUACAUUAUUAAAAGAUGGUUCAAAUUUCAUAUUUCUUAAUUUGGAAUUUUGUGAUGAUUAAAAACCAUUGUUGGUUAGAUUGGUCUUUAUUAUUAAUAGAGAGAUUUUAAACUAAUUAUAGAUUGAUUUAGUGAAAAAUAAGGAGAAGUUAUCUUAUUUAAAUUAAAAAAUAUUGGAAUUAUAUAAAAAAUUAUAAUUUGAAUCCCAAUUACUAAAUUAAAUAAAUGAAGAAAUUAAUAUAAUAAAGGAUUAAGAUUAAUAUCAAAAAGAAAAAUAUGAUAUCGCAAUAUUAUAUAGUCAUCCUGUAGUAGACCAAGAUCCUGAAGAAGAAGAUAAGUAUUUCCCUGUAAACUUUAAUGAAGACAUUUCAUUAUUUUUAAAUCUAAUAAAAGAACUAAAUAUAAAGAUUUCAUAUUAUAUUACAUAAGCAACUAAACAGAAUUUAUAUAAAGUUUUGAGACAAAAUCCAAAAAUAAUAUAUAUUAGUUGCCAUGGAAAUUUAGAUGAUAAUAUGGAGACAUGUUUAGAAUAUGAGAAGGAGUUGAAGGAGUUGAAGGAGUUGGAGUUGAAGGAUGAUCGAUAUUGUUGUAUAGAGUAAGUAACAGAAACAGAUAUUUCUAACAUUUUGAAUUAGCAAUUAUUAAAAAGAGCUUUAGUUUUUUUAAGUUGUUGCCAUUCUGGAAAUAUCGCUGAAAUAUUUCAUUAAUAAGGCUAUCCUACUGUAGGAAUUGAUAAACGUUUAAAAUUAGGAGAGAAAGCUGCAAAUUCAUAUUUCUAAAGCUUUUAUGAGAAAUUACUAUAAACUUAAUAGGAUUUAUAACUUAAAGAAUGCCAUGACUAGGCAAAAAAGUAAGUUUAAUAAGAUCUUGGGAAGAAGGACUUCUAAUAUUGUGAAUCUCAUAAACAUACUUAAAAGUGCAAAAAGUUAUUCGAAACGGAGUAAAGUAAUCAAUUAAUUGCAUUUCAAUAAUAAAGAUCUUGUUGUCAACCAUAAGAAGAUAUAUUAUAACACAAAUUAGAUGAUCAAUGUCAAGUAAAGAAAAAGAUUUAAGAAUUUUUGAAAAAGUAGUUUCAAGAUUAAACAAAUGCUUUUUUAGAAAGAUUAGAUAAAGUUGCAAAAUAAAAUAAGGGCUUAUUGAAAAUAUGUUGCUGUGAAUUAGCAGAAAUAUUUUUUUUUUAAGAUGAUGAGUUUAAGAAUGAUUUCAAUUACUCAUAAAUUGAAAUGGAGCACAGAUCAUCAGAAACAUUUAAGCUUUUUGGGAAUGAAAAUGAGUUGAUUUUUAGUUUUAUUAAAAAAGGCGAUUAAACACCUAAAAAUAAAGUUUAAUGGCUAAAGGAAUACUUGGUUUAAAUUGAAGAGUCAAAAUAAAUCCUUACUUAGUUAUUGGAUAUAUUUUAAGAAAAAGAAAAAAGCAAAAUUAUUUAUGUUUAAAUUUCAGAUAAUAAAUAAACUGUGAACGAUUAAAUCCUAAAUUUUUUAAAAUAAGUUGCAAUUUAUUUUAGAGUAAAACUUUAAUAUAUAUUUUAGCAAAGAUAUAUUGAGUAAUCUUAACUAAAAGACAUUAGAAUAGAAAUUAUUGACAAUAUUAAUCAAAUAUCUAAGAAUGAAGAAUAAGUCCAAUACAUAUUUAUUAUUAAAGGAAUCAAUUAAAAAUAGUGGGAGUAAAGCAAAGAAUUUUUUAUCAAUUAGAAACAUAUUGUUAUAAUCCCUUAUAUUGAGUUGAAACCCAACCCUCCUAAUCGUAUAUAUUUAAUGUAUGAUGAAUUUAUAAAAAUCUACGAGGAAAAUAUAAAGAAAAAUCCAAAUUGA